AUGGCACCUCACGCCGAAGAGCCAAAGCCGGAUAGCGGCGUUGAUCUGAUCUCGCACGAUGGCACAGUAUAUGGCGACUGGCGCGACGAAUUCCACAAGAAUGGCACAGCCAUCAUCAAGGGCGCCAUCACACCCGAGCGCGCAGAAUACUACAAGCAAAAGCAAAUCGAGUGGCUUCAGUCAUUUGGUCGUGGUUUCGAUCCUAACGACGAGUCAACAUGGACACAAGAGCAUCUUCCCGUGAGCUUCAAGGGUGGCAUGUACUUUGCCUACUCUAGCACGCACGAGAAGUUCGUUUGGGAAGCUCGCACCGAGCCUAAAGUCAUCGAGACCUUUGCCAAGCUCUGGGGCACCGAGGAGCUCCUCUGCUCAUUCGACGGCAUGAACAUCACACUGCCGCGCCAGAAAGACCUCAAAUGGAGCCCGUGGCCACACUGCGAUCAAUCGCCGCACCGCAAGGGCAUGCAGUGUGUACAGGGUCUACUAAACUACCAACCAAACGGCUCGGAAGACGGAGGUCUGAUAUUGAUGAAGGGCAGCAGCAAGCUGUUCGAUGAUUUCUUCCGCGAACAAAGGGAACAGGACGCCCACGAGGAUAAGCCUCCAGAGGAGGAGGACUUUAAGGAUCUCUUCAUCUUCAAGGAGGAGGAUGUGAAGUGGUUCAAGGAUCGUGGGUGCACGCUGGAGAAGGUGAACCUUGAUCCGGGUGACUUGGUGCUCUGGGACUCUCGCACCAUGCACUACGCCUGCUUCCCGCAAGGUGAACGAAUCCGUCAUGUCCAGUAUGUCUGCAUGACGCCAGCUAAGUUUGCGAAGAAGGAGGAUCGCGAGCUCAAGGCUGAGCUGUUCAAGACGUGGCAGGGUACGACACAUUGGCCGCACUGCAACAUUCGCAAGCAGGGCCCGCCAGAGAGGAACGGUAAGCCAGAUCCACAGAACAGGACGGAGCCGUUGGAGAAGCCGGUCAUCACGGACAGGAUCUUACAGUUGGCUGCUGUGAAGGCUUAUUGA